CACUAUACCAAACGCGCCACCUGCUGCCUCAUUCUGCUCUACAACUUCGACGACAUCACUCGAGCGCCAGACACAACUCUCUUCAAGAUUUCUCCUGUUGUACCACCACAAGUUUCUCCAACCUCUAAUCCACGAAGACCUUCCCCCUCUCUUCUCAAAACGCAAAGGACACAAAAAUGGUCACAACCCGCGCCUCGACCGCGGCGCCUACGCCCUCACCCGCCGGCAGUGCCCUCGAGAUCGACCCAGUCUCCAAAGCUCGAACUAUCACCCACAUGAACAAGGACCAUGCUGCCGAUAUGUCUGCUAUCCUGCGCCACCACGCCCGCCUGUCCGAAGCCCAGGCCGCCGACGCCGAGAUGCUCGACCUCGACCUCGCCACCAUGACCAUCCGCUCCGCCGCCGGCGUGCAGCACGUCGCCCUGGACCCGCCCAUGGGCACCUGGUCCGACCGCAGGACGAGGCUGGCCGAUAUGACGAUUGAGGCGCGCGCCGCACUGGGUCUGCCGCCUCCUGCCGAGGGCGGUGGCGCGGCGGCGGUGGCGUGGUACCCGCCCCAAGGCGUGGGGAUCCUCAGCUUUACGGGCGUCAUAUGGUACUUUGUUUCGGCCACACUUGUCCUCUCCGGUCACGCCAGGCCUGGGUCUGGACUCUGGCAGUUCGCGAAGGCUAUACACUUCCCUGGUGGGCCAGAAACAUAUGUGUGGUUGGUGAGGUUCCUGUUGGUGCCCAUGAUCGCGAUUCACGUCGCCGAGGCGGUAUACAUGGCCAGGAGCAGGCUGGCGCCGGCCCAAGUGCCUGUGGUCUCGACUGUCUGGUUGCUGUGGGUGGCGACGACGUUCUUUGAGGGCGUUACCGCUUGGCAGAGGUGGGACCGGCUGGUGCUGAGGAAGCAGAAGAAGGCAUAAAUCUGGGCAUGAUACUCCACCUGGGUGUGAUUCCCAACUGCAAGAUCUAAAGAAUAAAAACAAAUUACAAUGUUGACC